CACUGUUUUGACAAACUAAACUUCUCUCUCUCUCUCUCCCCCUGGGAACCUCCUCCCUCCCUCUCCCUCUCUGGCUCUCUUUACAUAUAUAUGUACUUGAUUCUGAGAAGGAUCAGUCAAAGUGUGUGAACCAGAAGCUCUAGCUGCAAGGAGAGAGGAAAUAUGAGAGGAUUUGAGAGGAGAGGCGUCCGGCAGUACAACAGGUCCGACGAGCCGAGGAUGCGGUGGACGGAGGAGCUGCACCGGCAGUUCAUUGAGGCCGUAGACUGCCUCGGCGGCGCUGAUGAGGCAACUCCGAAGCGGAUUCUUCAGCUGAUGGGCUUGAAGGGAGUCAGCAUAUCCCACAUCAAGAGCCAUCUUCAGAUGUAUAGAUCAAGCUCUAGCUCUAGCAACAACAACAGUCCACCCAAUGAGCCCCUGGAUCGUCGGGAAGAUCACUGCGCUGAUGGGGACAGCACGGCGGCAGUGGUCCCAGACCAGAUCAACGCUUGUUACGCCUUUCCUCGCCACGGCGUCCACCACUCCUCGUAUCCGUUUGGAUCGCUGUGCAGACCACCGUCGAUCGAAGAAGUUCUCAGUACCUGGGAGGAGAGUAAAGGGCGUCUUCCAUGUAAAUCCAGCAACAACAUACUGAUUACAGCACGGAAGGAAAUCGUCUGGCCAUCUCAGUGUAGCAAUACACUUCAAACCAAGAAUUGGACGGCUACAGGGUGUGACCUGACGUUGUCGGUCGGGAGACAGUGGGAGGAGGAGGUUGUUGCGACGAGCAGCAACGGCAACGACAGAACCACGAAAAUCGAGGAGGCCGCGCCGCCGGCAAGGGAUCGAGCCGGUCUAAACCUUGAUCUUAAUCUCAACUUCAACUUCAACCUCUCCGUCCCAUCUUCUUCUUGGCUCACCCAACAUUAUUGAUGUAUGGAGGUAACCAAUAUGAUAACUAGAUCCGUCUAGAUAUGUAGAUUGGCUCACCAACUGCGCAAUG